UCUCUCUCUCUCCAAUACAAUGUCUUCCUCGGCGACGAUCGCCAUACCGGCCGACUCGACUGCCGCCGAAAACAAAGGGAAGCCGGCCAACGUAGCGCCGGCUCCGGCAGUUCCACCAGCGGCGGCGAAGAAAGUGACGACGAAAGGAGGAUGGAAGAAAGGCAUUGCCGUUUUCGACUUCCUUCUACGGUUGCUUGCGGUCGCAGCCGCUCUCGCCGCCACUACUACCAUGGGGACCACCGACCAGACUCUCCCUUUCUUCACUCAGUUCUUUCAGUUCCGAGCUAGCUACGACGAUCUCCCCGCUUUAACGUUUUUUGUGAUCGCCAACGCCAUAGUGAGUGGUUACCUCGUGCUCUCCCUGCCAUUCUCCAUCAUCACGAUCGUCCGUCCACAUACCGUGGGCCCACGGCUCCUAUUGCUUGUUUUUGACACAGUGAUGGUUGCCCUAUCAUCCGCUGCAGCUUCCUCAGCCGCGGCGAUCGUUUACCUGGCCCACACUGGGAAUUCCAAAGCGAACUGGAUCGCAAUUUGCCAACAAUUCAAUGACUUUUGUCAGCGAAUCAGCGGCGCUGUGGUCGCAUCUUUCGUCACAGCCAUUGUCUUCAUGCUGUUGGUCGUGAUGUCGGCUUUAGCGCUCCGAAAGCCUUAAAGUGGGCCCAUGUCCAUGAUCCAAUACUUGAACUUCAUGGGCCCAUGUCCAUGAUCCAAUACUUGAAUUUCAUGGUGUUGUUGUCUUUUUUCUCUUUCUUUGUGGUGUAAAGUGGGGCAUUGCAUUGAAUGGUUUGGAUUUCAUGUUUUACAAUGCAAUCACAAAACUGUUGUGGUGUGAAUGUGUAGUUUCCUGUAGGUCUAUUGGGCAAAUGCAAUGGAAAUCAU